UCACAUGAUAUUCAGACAUUUUAACACGAACCAAAGUCUGACAAGUUUUUGUUAGAAACAUGACCUCAAGCCCUUGCCCCAGCACAUGCACAAUUAGUUCAAAAUCAACACAAUUAAAUCUAUCACAUUAUAUGAUCAUGCUAUAGAGCUGAUCGGAUUAGACAGUAACUUUAAAACGUCAGCCAAAAUGAAUGACACAAACUUGGUAUAAUCAAUGGGACUGAGCUCGACCCUAACAGAAACCAAUUUCGACCGAGCUGGUUAGACUUGGUCACCUCAAUCUUAGUUCUAUGCUACGAACAAAAAUGAAACAACCUAUUUUCCGAAAUGCCAAAAUCAAGCUCCUAGUCUUUGUUAGAUUUUCUAAAGAUCUUGAAUACACCAAACUUCUUGUUAUGCAUUUAAGGUGUUACAAUGAGCCCAUCCUUAAUAAUUGAAGAUUAUGAAAAUGGAGGGUGACAAUAGGUGUAACGUGUAAUCUGACUACAUGAUCCUGUUGUGAUUUCUAAAAAAAUAUAUAUGGUCAAUAAGUUCGAACUAGUAUAUGUUUAGAAGGCUAACUUUUAAUAAUAACAAAAAAUAAUAAUUGGUUUUCUACAUAAUUUAGUACUCUGAAAGCUUCUGGUGUAAAUUGCCAAAAAAAAAAAAAAGCUUCUGGUGUAACAUUCUUAUAGAAUGUUCAGCGAUGAACUUAGCAACAUAUGUAGUACAGACUACAGAGUACUUCAUACCGAUGGUUUCACUGCUUGUAUGGUGUGACAGUCUCAACUCUCAAGCAGUUUUAUAAUUUUAUCAAAGACUCAGAGGAUCUUAGAGCUGUACUAAAUUACUGAUCCCAUAAAAUCUGGAAUCAAAAUUCACAAGUGGGAAUGAAACUUCAACUUCAAUCAUAACUUCUUUUUGUCCUUUCGUUGACUUUUCAUGUUUAACAAAAUGUGCUUAAAAUAGGAAUGACCGUAAUUUCUAGGCAAGGCCAGCUACUAUAGAAAUACUCUGAUUGUUUUAACUCUCGAGUGGACAUGAAACUUCAACUUCAAUUUUCUAUUUGGUUCUUGCAUCAUCGACUUCUCAAGUAUGAAAAUGCUAUGAUGCAUGUAUAAUGUAUUUUUGUUUAAUAUUCCUCGAAAAGAGAUCCUUAAUAUUUAUGACUUCCACGUUGCAUUCGUAGCAACUCGGCAAUUCUUUUGGCAUUUUCAGCAUUCUUUUUUCUUUUUAAGAGUAUAUCCUGGAAACUAGUCAUCAUUUUUGUUGUAUUUUUAGAACUAGCAUCAGUUUAUUCACCUAAUUAUUUAUAGAGGGCCUAGACCUGGUAUUAGGUGCAAGUCAUUUCCAUACACUUUAGUCACUUAACCAUUAUACAUAAUCAAUAUACUCGAAAUUCAUUCACAUUGAUUUUGGAAGAGGAACACAUGUUCAUUGGGAACACAUAAUCUUGUUCUUCGUUUCACACUAAUCUGCAGAGUUGCAACAUCACACAUUCCCACAUGGCAAGAUUGGCAACUACUAGUAAUCUAAUCUAUUGUUAUUUUUCCUAAACUCAUUUCUUUUUUGUAAAUAUAAUUCUACAUUGUAGGGGGGUUUAGCUACACAAACAGGCAGAUAAGAGAGGACUAAACUCCAGCUGAUUUUAAAAAAUAAAAAAUUCCAAGUGAAACUAAUUUCUGAUCUACCUCUUUUUUUUAACCACACUUAAAAUGAGUUCAGUAACAGGUUUUUGUGUUACCAUGAACAACGACCAUAUCAAAACUCAAAAAUAGCCAAAUGAUGAUGCGUCAAGACCUCAACAAUAUUAAGCUACCAAAUUAUUUAUUAACAAUCAAAUAAUGAUGCCAAUUUUUUAUUUGUCUGUUUAGGAAGAACAUCAAUUGCUGAUUUCAAGAAAAUUCGUACAUCACGUUUAGGUGAUUUAAUAUACACACCAAGAAAAUACUCCGUAUCAAAAAUCAAAUAAUAACAGAUAUACUAAUUUAGUAAUUUACACCUUAGACAGAUAAUUUCACAAGAAUGACAGCUACUCCUUGAAUAAACUAUCACCCUAAUAAGUAUGCACUUGCAAAUAUAAAUAUAACUCAUCUUCCCCAUAAACUGGAGACAGAACCCAAUCUAAACCAUUCCCACUUCCUCUUCUAUCACUAAACCAAAAAACAGAGCUUCACACAACAAAAAGUAAAUCAUAGUAAAAAUGUCCACUGAUAAUUCCAAUGGUGGUGGCGCGACUGCUAGGAGCUUCACAGUACAGCUCCUAGCAGGGCGCUUCUUCGUUGUUUUUUCUACCCUCAUGAUCCUCGGCUUUAUUGGUGCUGCCUACAUAUUUGGUUUAUACUCGGGUGAAAUAAAAACAACACUUGGGUAUGACCAAACCACCCUUAAUCUCCUUAGUUUCUUCAAAGACCUUGGAACUUAUGUCAGUGUCCAUGCCGGUCUUCUAAUGGAGGUGGCCCCACCAUGGGUGGUCCUCUCACUUGGAGGUGUGGUUAACUUUUUCGGCUACUUCAUGAUCUGGCUUGCAGUCACCAAAAGAAUCUCCCAACCCCCAGUUUGGCUAAUGUGUCUCUACAUCACCAUUGGUGCUAACUCAUUAGGGUUCGCCAACUCUGGUGCGCUCGUCCCCUGUGUUCAAAACUUCCCCGAGAAUCGAGGGGUUGUGAUUGGGAUAUUAAAGUCAUAUCUUGGUAUAGGUGGGGCUAUAAUGACUCAAUUCUACCAUGCCUUGUACGGUGAUGACAGCAGUUCUAGUGGUGUAAUCUUGAUCAUUGCUUGGUUACCAGCAGCUGUUUCGUUGCUCUUUGCAUUCAGUGUCAGAGUCCUCGAUAUAACAAAAAGACAAAUCAAAAGAGAUAAGAAGUUCUUUAACGAUGUCCUUUGCAUGUCUCUUGGUCUAGCAGGGUUCAUCAUGAUAAUGAUCAUAGUACAAAGACAGGUUGCGUUCAGCAAAGCUGGUUAUAGUGGAACUUUUGCUGUCAUUAUCUGCCUCCUAGUAUUACCUAUCUUUCUAGUCUUCAGAGAAGAGAUUCAUAUUUGGAAAACCAAGCUUUUUAAUUCUUCCAAUAGUACCCUCUCCGAACUAAAAAUCGUGCCUCAGAACGACAUAUCUCCGGUAAAACAUCAACCUCUAGUAGUAGGAGCUAAUACCCCUUCUGAUGAACACACUUCUGAAAAUAUAGACCCACCUUGUUUCCAACAUGUGUUCAAUCCUCCAGCAAAGGGGGAAAACCACUCCAUCCUACAAGCCACCUUCAGCAUCGACAUGCAAAUCCUGUUCCUCGCUACAAUUUGUGGCAUUGGAGGAAAUCUAACCACAAUAGACAACUUAGGUCAAAUUGGUACAUCAUUAGGCUACCCCAAAAAAAGCAUUAGUGCAUUCGUGUCAUUAGUCUCUAUAUGGCAGUUUCUCGGCCGUGUAUUAGGAGGACUAAUCUCAGAACGGUUGUUAGACAAAUACAAAUGGCCUAGACCUGCUUGCCUUACAAUAGUCCUCCUCAUAUCAUGCAUCCCUCACCUUCUCAUAGCCUUCAAUGUCCCGUACGGCCUAUACGUAGCCUCGGUUAUCAUGGGGUUCUGUUUCGGUGCUGAGUGGACAUACCUCUUUACUAUCAUAUCCGAACUUUUUGGUCUCAAGCAUUAUGGUACGUUGUACAACUAUGGGUCAUUAGCCGCUCCUUUAGGGUCCUUCAUAUUCAAUGUCCGAAUUGCCGGACGUUUGUAUGACAGGGAGGGGUUAAGACAACUUAAGGCAUCGGGGAUUAUAAGGAAGCAUGGUGAGGAGUUGCAUUGUUAUGGAGUUAAGUGCUACCAGUUGGCUUACUUGAUUAUCACGGCGGCUACGUUUGUUACUGCGCUUGUGUCUUUGAUUCUUGUGGUUAGAACCAGGAAGUUUUAUAAGGGGGAUAUUUAUAAGAGGUAUGAGAAGAAGGAUUCUUCCUCAACUAAUGUGACGUUGAGAGGGUAUUCAGGGAAGGAAGAAGAGAUGGAUUAAUUUUGUUUACUUUUUCUUUUUUCACUGCUUUUUUAUUUGUUCAGUUGUUGUUCUUCCAUACAUAUUACGCACAUAAUAGAUUAAUUGGUAUGUAUAAGUGUAUGCUAUUAGCUAGUAAGCUAUAGGAAAACUUUGUUCAUCCAAAGUCAUUUUUAGCAUCUUAUAUUAUACGAGUAAAAGUACUACGUAUUAUAUAUUGAUUUUUGUUUAACUGAAUUCUUAAAUACUCGUAGUGAAAGUGGUUGGAUUCAUGGGGGCGUUUGUUUAACUGAAUUCUUAAAUACUCGUAGUGAAAGUGGUUGGAUUCAAUGGGACGUUCUUAUUAAACGUGAAUCAAAGGUUGAAGUGAGGUUUAAGUAGAAAGAAAAAGAAAACCUUGAAUGUUAACUAUUUUAUUUGAUCAGUGUUGGUUAUGCUAACUUGUUCGUCAUAUAACCUUACUCGUUCUUAGCAAUUUCUUUAGCAUCAUCUUCAUUCACAUUCAUUAUGAUAGGAAACUUGAAUUUAGUUUACUAGUUGGUUGAAUUGAGCAAAAGGGAAGAGUGAACUUGUGUACCUUAGACUUGCAAAGUUGCAAGAUCCAACCUUGGUAGAAUAGUCCUACUUGCUGUACUUGUAUCAUGGAUUGACUUUUCACCAACAAAAAGACAAGAUUAGAACGUGGAUUAACAGCUUGAUGACUUAUAUUUAGUUGACUAUUAGUCUAUUACAUUUUUGUUUAUUUAAAUCCUUAAGCAAGAAUUAGUUGAUUAUUAUGCGGGUUAAACAAUGACCAUUAUGGCAAGUGAUCAUAGAACUGGAAAUAUGCCUUGGAAAAUGAAGUCGAAUGCCACCUUAAUUGGUAAUUAAUGUUGAUAAUGCAAACAAAUCAACUACUAGUAUAAAAUAUUCUUUUGACAACAUGUUCAGGGAUGGACGUUUUUGUAUUACCAGCUGCAUAAUUCUAUUGAAGAAAUCUUUAUCAUUCUUAUUGGAUUAUUAGUUUAUUACUGGUGUUAAUUAAGUCUUAAUCAUUAAUUACGAGUAUUUUAUAUGGAAUACUUUCGUAAGCAGAGUAUUUGUAUUGCAAUGUGCACGAGACAUACAUUUUGCUGUAGCUUAUGAGUAGGAAUAUUUACUGGUCAAUGCAAAAGUUAUGCUAAUAAAAAUCUAUACAGUGUGUAUUUUAAGUACAGUUUGAGAUCGAACUUUGACUACUCCGUAUUAUCUAUUGUGAGCUGAUAUAUAAUGUUC